CCUGGGAAGCCGCGCAGCUUCGCGGGCCCGGCUCUUCCAAUCGGAGUGCGCCGUUCUCCGAGUUGAAGACGGCCUCGCCUGAUAUAAAACAAAUGCUUAAAAAUGAAACAGAGUUGGAUAUUACUGCUGAUCUCAGAAAGAAACUCCAUCGGGCAAAGAAAGAAAAAUUAGAAAUAACAACUAAGCACAAUGCCGAAUUGGCCAGUUAUGAGAGCCAGAUUGCGAAGUUGCGAUCUGAGGUUGAAAAAGGAGAGGCAUUGCGGCAAAGUCUGGAGUAUGAUCUGGCCGUUGCCAGAAAGGAAGCUGGUUUUGGAAGACGGGCUGCAGAGGAGAGAUUAGCUGAGUCGCAUAGGAUCCAGGAAAAGCUGUGUGCUCAGAAUUCAGAACUUCAAGGGAAAGUAAGCGAGACUGAGAAACUUCUCCAGAUUUCCCAGCAAAAAUGGAAAGAAGAAUGCAGAAGAUUUGAAUGCGAUUUGGAAGAAAGAGAUAAUAUCAUUCAAAAUUGCAAUCAAGAAUACGAUUUACUUAUGAGAGAAAAAAGCAAACUAGAGAAAUUGUUACAGGAACAAGAUAGUACUGUACAAUGUAUGCACAAAAAAGUAGAAAAAUUAGAAGCAGAACACAUGAACUGCUCUGAACUUUUACGGCGACAAACAAGUGAACUUGAAUUAAGCACUCAGAGAGAGGAAUGUCUGCGAAAAGAAUUUGAGGUAACUACUCUAAGAGUGAGGAAACUAGAAGAAAAUAUUGAAGCAGAAAGAGCAGCACAUUUGGAAUCAAAAUUUAAUUCUGAAAUUAUUCAGUUACGAAUUCGAGACCUCGAAGGAGCUUUGCAAGUAGAAAAGGCCAGUCAAGCGGAAGCUGUUGCUGAUUUGGAAAUGAUCAAGAAUGAAUUCAAAGAAGUUGAAAAUGCAUAUGAACGAGAAAAGCAUAAUGCACAAGAAAGCUUUACAAAACUUAAUUUAUUAGAAAGAGAGUUUCUCUCUAAAAACAAGAAACUAAAUGAAGAGAUCGAGGAACAGAAGAAAGUAAUUAUAGACCUUUCAAAGAGACUCCAGUAUAAUGAAAAAAGUUUCAGUGAAUUACAGGAAGAACUUGUGAUGGCUAAGAAGCACCAAGCCUUUCUAGUGGAGACAUGUGAAAAUAACGUCAAAGAAUUGGAAUCGAUCUUGGACAGCUUUACUGCGUCGGGCCAGUGGACAUCAGGCAUCCACAAGGACAAAGAUAAACCUCCCAGCUUCUCAGUUGUCCUUGAGACUUUGAGGCGUACCUUGACAGAUUACCAGAACAAGCUGGAAGAUGCAUCUAAUGAGCUAAACAACAUGAAUGACGCCAAGGAAAAAGCAUCCAAUGAACUUAAUUCUACCAAGCAGAAGAUAGAAUCUCACACUAAAAAUAUAAAGGACCUUCAGGACAAACUGAAUGAUGCCUGUAAAGAGCUCAGUCACUCACGCACUAAGUGUGCUGACAGAGAGGCACUAAUAAGCACUUUAAAACUGGAGCUGCAAAAUGUGCUACACUGUUGGGAGAAAGAGAAGGCACGAGCAGCUCAAGCUGAAAGUGAAGUGCAACAGCUUUCCCAGGCUUUCCGCAAGGAUAGCGAGGAGAAGCUAACCUUCCUUCAUACCUUGUAUCAGCACUUGAUAGCAGGCUGUGUGCUCAUAAAACAACCAGAAGGCAUGCUGGAUAAAUUCUCUUGGUCUGAGCUUUGUGCAGUCUUGCAGGAGAAUGUUGAUGCCCUGAUCGCAGACCUCAACAGGGCUAAUGAGAAGAUAAAUCAUCUGGAGUAUAUCUGCAAAAAUAAGUCUGAUACCAUGAAAGAGCUUCAGCAGACCCAAGAGGAUACUUUCAACAAAGUAGCAGAGCAGAUGAAAGCCCAAGAGAGCUCCUGGCACAAACAGAAAAAGGAACUGGAGUUUCAGUACUCUGAACUUCUCCUGGAAGUACAGAAGAGGGCACAGAAAUUUCAAGAAAUUGCUGAAAAAAAUACGGAAAAGUUAAAUCGUAUUGAGAAAUCACAUGAACAGUUGGUUCUUGAAAAUUCACACUUCAAAAACAUGUUAUUACAGACUCAGAGGGAACAAACAUCCUUGCUAGCAGCCUGUGCAUUGAUGGCUGGUGCACUGUAUCCUCUCUACAGCCGGUCAUGUGCUUUGUCAACGCAGAGAGAUCUUCUCCAGGAGCAGGUCAACACCUUUGAGUUGUUCAAGUUGGAAGUAAGAGCUUUAGCCCAUGCUUUGUCGACUAUAGAGGAAAAAAAGCAAGAGGAAGCCAAGAUGCAGAAAAAGCCUUUCAAAGGAUUGAUACGUGUAUUCCGGAAAGCAGUUAUUGCAGUUUUGGCUGCAAACAGACUGAAACAUUUGGGCCAGUCAUGUGCUUCUCUUUUCACCUGGAUGGAGAAUUUUAAAGAAGGCAUAGGCAUGUUAGUAUGUACAGGAGAGCCCAAAGACAAGCAUAAAUUUCCAAAGCACCAAAAGGAACAAUUACGUAGUUUUCAAGCUCUCAGUUGGCUCACCAGUUCUGACCUUCUUACUGCAAUAAUCAGUUCUAUGGCUGAGCUACAGGAAGUCAUUAGUAAAACAGAUCCAAAUUCCAGAAUUAGUGGACAUUUACUCAUAGGUGCAGCAAAGAAUUCUUUUGCAAAACUCAUGGAUAAAAUAAGUUUGGCAAUGGAGAGCCUACCUCUGCAGAGUAGUAGAAGUAUUACAUAUGUAGAAAAGGAUUCCCUGGUUCAGCGGCUGGCCCGUGGACUUCAUAAAGUAAACACAAUGGCAUUGAAAUAUGGCCUAUCUGGGCAUAUGCCCCUUUUGAAAAGUACAGCAUCUUUGCAGAAGCAAAUACUUGGAUUUACACAAAGACUACAUGCUGCAGAAGUGGAGCGUCGCUCAUUGCGCUUAGAGGUCACAGAAUUCAAAAGAAAUGCGAAUGAAAUGAAAAAGGAACUUGAAAAAGCUCAAGGGCUUCAAAUGCAAUUAAAUGAAUUUAAGCAUUCUAAAUUGAUCACCCAUGAGAAGUUUGAAAGUGCAUGUGAAGAGCUGAAUAAUGCAUUACUUCGGGAACAGCAAGCACAAUUGCUGUUGAAUGAACAAGCACAACAACUACAGGAGUUAAAUUACAGACUUGAAUUACAUUCCAGGGAGGAAGCUGACAAAAACCAAACUCUUGGAGAAGCUGUAAAGAGUCUCUCCGAGGCAAAGAUGGAGCUGAGAAGAAAAGAUCAAUCUCUGCGUCAGCUCAAUAGACAUCUUACCCAGCUGGAGCAGGACAAGCGUCGACUGGAGGAGAACAUCCAUGAUGCAGAGAGUGCCCUCCGCAUGGCAGCCAAAGACAAAGAAUGUGUUGCCAGACAUAUGAGAACAGUAGAAAAUAUGCUUCAUAAGGCUAUGAUUAAAAGCUUCGUGGAUGUCUACCAGCUUGCAAGCAAUCGAAUCACUACAUUAGAGAAAGAAAUGACAUCGCAUCGAAAUCAUAUUGCUACCUUGAAAUCAGAACUUCACACGGCUUGUUUACGGGAAAAUGAAAGUUUACAAUCAAUAGGAUCACGAGACCAUUCAAAUAUCUCCAUGCCUUCAAGAGCUGCUCUUCCUGCUGGCACAGUAAAUGUUGGGGAUUUCUUGCCCUUGAAAGCUGAACUCGAUACUGCUUACACUUUCUUAAAGGAGUCAUUUAUACAGCCUGUGCCCCACACGUCAUCAGCAUCUUACUCGUCUCCAGCGACUAUGUCUUCUAAUGCCAAAAGGCCAACUCAGAUUGGAUUAUGACUGUAUUAAAUAAAAAGAGAUGCAGGAAGAGUUACCAGUACAAUUAAAAUUGCUUUAAGGUAGAUUGGAUUUUUCUUAUCAGUGGAAUUUUGUUUCAGCACAGCUAGGUGGUGGGUUUUGAAAAAUUAUGUGCUGCUAUCUUGAUGUGUACAGGUAUCUCUGUCUCCUGAAAUAAUGAAAUAACCAACUUUUUUCCCUUCUAAGUUUUAUUUAUUAUCACAGUUGCUCAUUUUUAUGUAACAUAUUUUUAAAUGUUAAAGAAUGACACAUUUUGGGUAAUUUCCCUCUGACUUAAAAAAUCAAUAAGCCAUUUUAGUCUCUAUCUAUCAAAGUUGUUUCAUACUUGUCUAUUUUAAAGCAGAACUGCAAUACUUUAAUAGGAUUGAGAGAGCUAUUUGAAAUGUAUGCCAAUGAUUCCUGUCAUUUCAUGGCAGCCCUGCCAUGGUUCACUGAGCCCCCUCUUCUCUCUUGUCAGCUCAACUGAAGACAAGCAUUUAGUUGCAAACUUUAAGCAGGUUGUGCAAAACAGAAAUGAUGUGGCUGCUUCUCCUCCUGCACAAUAAUGUCACUCCUGGUCAAUGUGAGAAGGUCAGGUUGCUCCUUGUAAAGCUACAUGAUACCACUUGCCCAUUUGAACAAGUUAAGUUAACUGCUGAAUCUGGUCCCUGCAGGCACUGAAAACUCAUCCUUUUAUCAAGUCUGCAUUUGGUAAGAAAGUAGAGCAAUCGUGCUGGAAGGAUUUCUGCGGUAUGUUUAGGCACUUUUUAAAGGACAGUUCCUUCCACAGCAUAGCAGGUAAUAUAUUUCGUAUAGGCCGAAAAACUUCAAGGUAAUGGCUGUUUUGACCUUCAAAAUAGACUCCUUUUUUUGUUUUUGUUGUGGGCAGGACCCAAGAGUGAUGCCCAUCUUUGAUGCUGACAGAAUUUAAAACAAGGCCAUUGCCCUGCAUUUUCUGCCUUGUAGCACACAAAAGUAAAAUUGUAUGUCAGGCCGAGAUGUCGGGGAGCUGACAAGAUGCCCCAGUGACAUUUCAGCUAGAAAGAGCAAGUGUCUUGCAACCAAGUGGUCAAAUAUCAAAUAAUAGGUCAAGCAGGAAGGAGCUGAGUUCUAACCACAAAGAGGUUUCUGGUAACUUACUUGACAAGCUUUUGGGCGCUUUGUGGCUUGACAAAGUGAUGUUCUGUUGGGUAUCGCUAGACAGACUGUUCUUUAUCGCCUUCAGAAGAUCAGACAUUGACAUUGAUUAAACUCUUUAACCCUUAAAGGUUAAAUCCUCACCGUUUGCAUUGUGGUAAGUGUAGAACAAAAGGACAUUCGUAAUAUGUAUUUGUUUUUGUAUUAAUCACUUAACUCCCAAGUGAUAUUAACUUCUGAUGUGAACCAUAUUUUUUGACAAGUUUUGAUGCAAAAAUCCAUAUUUUUAAAUUCUUUUUCACUAAGGACCAUUUCAUUCUUGAUACAUUAGAAAAUAACAGUAUGUUUUCUGGAGUCUCUAUUAUCUUAUUUUUACAGUUAUAUUUGAUUAAAAAAUACUCAACUUCUGAGAAUUUUGUUUUUAUUGGUCUUGGUAAAAUAAAUUUGCAUGCUGACAUUUUGUUAUUAGCCAAAUCAGCCAAGUGAUUUAUACCAUUUGACGUAACAGAGCACUACUAUGUAGUUAAUGCAAUAUUCUAUCUUACUGAGCCACAAUAAUUAGCUUUACAUAAAUCAUUGAAAGUUCUUUGUGUAGAGUAAAAUGAUAUCUCUAACCACAUUUCUCUUAAUUCCUUGCUUGAAAUUCUUUUUAUGAAUCAUUGAAUAUUAUAGAACAUGCCCUGUGAAAUAUCACAUAUGUGAAAUUCAACUUGCAAUUUCAUUGUAAUGUAGAUAAUGCUAUUGAUUGUUUUUUAGAGAUCAUAUAAUAAUUUUUGUACAUUUCAAGACUCUCUUCUGCCAUUCCAUACAAUAAUUAAGAUAUUGUCAUAUAGAAAUUUGUAUGCAGCUUUUAACUCAUGGAAUAUUGCUGAACUUCCAAUCCUCACUCUGUAGAAAAACAUUGUUGUUCUAUUCCACUUAUGUCUGUACUUAUGCAUUUAUGUAUUUUUGUGCUGAAUGUUUUUUCAGGUUCCACUCAUUUAAGAGGAAUGAGCACCUUUGUAAACUUUGCCUUGGUUUAGGCAAAGACCUAUGGUAUUCUUGCCAUAAUUAUAUAAUCUAUUAAA